AUGCCGACGCGUCAACCUUACCAUCCCUUCGCAGGAGAUGAUGAUGGUGGUGAUGUUUGGGAUCUGCCCUUACCACCUUAUCAACCCUUCCCAGGAGACAAUGAUGGUGAUGAUGUUUGGGACCAUUGGGACCUGCCCAUGCCACCAGCACCACCGCGACCACCACCACCACCGCCACGUCCCAUGCGCCCUGACAUGUCACCACCACCACCACCCGAACCCGUCAUGGGGGCGACGACGACACCAGCACCACAAGAAUUCAUGGACGAGGCCGACGAUGAGGAGUUCAACCGCCUUCUCUACAACCUCGCUGAAGCUGCGGAGAGCACCCAAGUAACCAACGGCACAACUAUCAUUGCUACCGCAGAGCAGGCUGCCGCCCAUGCUUCAAACAUCCAGCACACCCACGCCGCCAACUACGCCAUCAACCCGGAUGCAGCUGGUCUCACCCACAAUUUUGAGGUCGUUGCCCCCGGUGCAGCUGUACCCUUUCGCGCUGUUGCCGCAGACGAGCAGGCACCCACAUCUGACACGGUCCAGACUAGCUCAGACAUCAUCAUCAACUCUCGCCGACACUUCCAGGAGCAGGUCAUGUACACGUUCACAGCCAAGAUCAACUCCAUGCAGCUGCUGCAGGACAACCUCACUGAGAUGAUGGUCAACGGUCGUGAGACCAUGAGCCAAAACGAUUUGCGCACGCGCGUCACUAACGCCUUCGUCAACGCCUACAUGCGCGAGCGCCCCCUCACCGCAUCAUCCAACAUUGUCAUCGCCGGCGACGUACACUACAGCGUCAACCGCCUCUCAUCAGGCGGGGGACCGGAAACACGCGCACCCGCCGAGCCGAGCGGACGCGUGCAGCAGACAGUGCGGGGUGGUGACUUUGAUGCUGUUCGACAAGCUGUGACGUCCCAUGUUUCCGGCAUGCUGGACACGACGAUGUUGUCUAUGUCGAGCUCUGACGUGGAACUCGAGCAGGUUGUCAUCAACAUCUCCAUGGAUGGCGUGCGCACUGGUGCGGGGGUGCCUCAGGACUUGGCCGACCGACGCGCGUUCUAUGAGACAUUCAAGAUUUGUUUCGGCGCAAUGGAUGUGCCUGCCAACCCAGACACGGGUGGCAAGGAGAUGCGGCUCGGGCAAGACAUGUUCUGUCCUGUCAACAGCGGGGCCGAUUGCUUCUACCACUGCCUGUACUACCACAUGGCGCGGAACGGUGUUAGACGUGCUUUCAAGAAUGCGCACGUUGACGCCAUGCACUUGCUCAGCGGUCAGCCUGUGCGCACAGCCACCAAGGAUUUCCUGAACGCCAGCGCCCGCGUGAACCAGAAUCUCUCCCGCCACAUGGUCACCUCCCACAUGCUUCGUUUAUGUGACCAGCAGCUUCCGGACGCCUUUGCGGAGAACACCCGCGGCGUCUGCAUCGAGGACGUCUUUGAGAUGAGCAUUCUCGCACUCAGCCCGAUUAUCACCUUUGAUCUCAACCGAGACAUGCGGCUACUGCCAGAGUUCUCCGUGUUGCACCACGAGCUGCUUCGCGUCCUGCGCCACACCCCGACCGACGCCUCCAUUCAAGAACGGUUUGACUGGUUCAUGACCAACUGCCGCGGCGAGGAUGGCUUGCCCAAGUUCUCGGACGCUCCGCAUGUGCCGGCGGGUCGCCUUUGCAUGACCCAGCGAAUUGCAAGGGACAGCCCGAGCCGUGCCACGCUUGGCGCGAAGCGGUUUCUCGACAUCCCAGGGGUGACGCUGGAACGGAUCCGGCUCUUCGGUGAGCAAAGCCCACAGCAUCAAUCGCAAUUUCUUGCGGAGAAGGACCGCGCCGUAUGGCUCGGCUUCAACAGCAGAUUCUCCCACUUCAUCGACUUUGCCAAGAGCACGCGUGUGAAGGUGUGGGUGCAGAACGUGUCGAGCUCCUACAAUGGCCUUGGCAAGAUGAGCAUGUCCUCCCGUACUUCAUGGAUCUGUGUCAUCUGCGGGCUUGUUAUGGAAACGGCCAGAUCGAAGCACAAGUGCAUGAGCAGACGCUGCGCAACAUGCCGCCAACACUUUGGGAGUCUGGACGCUUACCUCUCCCACGACGAGCGACGUCGGAACGAGUAUGCCGAUGGACGUGUACGCGAGUGCAGCGUCUGCCGAAAGCGCAUCAGCAACAGCUGCUUUGACAAGCACCAUGACGAGUGCUAUCAGCGCAGCCUUCGACAAACGACGGACGAACACAGGGCAAGUGGCGAGCACGUGGUGCGCUGCAACUUCUGCCAUUCCAUGGUCACGUGCAGCGGCGACUUCACCAUGGACACACACUACCACACAGACUGCCAAGGGCGGCAGCGCAAGGCCAAGAGGUGCUCGAAAUGUCACGUCGCACACCCAAAGCAGCAGCCGUGCCGAAUUUCGAGAAUUUCCAAGACGACGCAGCUGGAGUGGGAGAACACGGAUGUCUACGUGUGGGACAUUGAGUCUUGCACAAAAUCGGUCGACGGAAGCACGGUGCACGUCCCCAAUUACAUCCAUGUUCGCCUCCUUCCAAGACCAGACGUUACUUGGGAGAGCGACCCUGGUGAUCACCGGAAGCGAGGAGCAAAGCCCACGAUCAACCUGACUCAGGAGGGGUGCGACGCUUCCACAACCCUUACGGAGCGAGAACGCAAGACACAGGAAGAGUGCGAGCGCAAAGCACUGCUGCACUUCAAGCAGGAUGAGAACGAGUGGGAGUUUGAUGACCUCACCUACUUUCUCGAGUGGGUGCACAAGCUCGCGCGGAGAUCGGUGUUCAUCGCCCAUAACAGCAAAGGUUAUGACGCCUUCCUGCUCAAGACGGCUGCCAUUCGCUCUGGGCUCUAUCCAGCAUACGAGCAUGGCAGUGGGCAAAAGCUUGAUGGCCUUGGGUUCAAGGUGACUGCAGAAGACGAGAACAGCGGGCAGGUGCGAACCAUCACCGUCUCCUUCAUCGACUCCAUGAACUGGUUCCCAGGCCCUCUGAGCAAGCUGCCGGUCACGCUGCAGUGCAUCAACCGCGACGUGAGCAAGGACGUCUUCCCGCACUCCUUCCACACCUCGGAGCAUCAGCACUACGUUGGCACACUACCUGCACGCGAGCACUGGGGCGACAUAUCUGAUGGUGAUUGGCAGGCGCUGUGCUCGCGCUUUUUCACCGACAGCGCGCACAUGUUCGCGUGGCAGCAAGUGCUGUGGGAGCGCGGGGAACAGCAAGAGCACAUGUCGUACGAAGAGCAGACACAGUUAGCCAGGGAGGUCAAUUUCGACAAGCAGCCGUUUGACCUGCGCGAGUACAUGAAGUACUACUGCAAGGAGGAUACGCGCGUGCUUGGGCUUUGCAUGGCGGUGUGGCGCUACAUCAGCCUGCGCUCGUUUUCCGUUUGCCCACUGAUCAAGAGCACCACGGCUGCUAGCUAUGCCAUGCAUGUGUACCGCAGCUGCUUCUGCAAGCCGGAAGGCAUCCCAACCCUGACUCGGUUUCACGAGGAGCUAGCCAGACAAGCGUAUGCUGGCGGUCGCACGGAGAAGCUCACACCCUUUAUGUGUGUGCGAGAGGACGGCCUGGACGACAUUAUUGGAGACCUCCUCAGCGACGACGAGCGGCAGAAGCAUCUCGACGCAUGCCGCAGUCGCUAUGGCAAUCGCCCUCGCCUGUCGUACAUUGAUGUCACGAGCCUCUACCCCACAGUCAUGUUCUUCGACAGGCUGCCGUGUGACCCACCACAAACAUACGUGAGCCAGCUAUUUCUUGGCACGCUGCUGCCGCAUGAGCGACGACAGUAUGUGGCACAUAAGGCGAAGCUUCUGGAUGAGCUUCCCGAUGGGUGGGAGAACCAGGAAGGCAUCGUCAUGGUCGAUGUGAGGACCAAGCCCGCGUCGGAGCUUCCCGAUGAUUGGGUACCGCUCGUUGGCACCAAGAGCACCACCACCAACGCGCACAACGACAAAGACCGAAAGUUUGUGUUUGGCUGCAUCGAGCAUGCCAAGACGAUGACCCUCACCAUGUUCGACUUUCGACUGCUGCGCGAUGACCCGAACUACUUCAUGGACACCAUCUACCGGGUCGACCUCAUGGGCAGCGGCAGCAAGGACAUGUUCAAGGAGUACAUCAGGUUCCUGUACAAGAUGAAGGAGGAAGCGUCUGAGCCACCUGCCAACAGAGAGGAGGCUGAAGCGUUGGCUGACCGCGUGCGGCGAGAGCUGGACGUUGAGCUCUCUGUCGACAAGCUCAUGGAGAGCGAGAACAGUGGGCUUCGUGGUCUUGCAAAGCUGCUGCUGAACUCGCUCUUUGGCAAGUUUGGUCAGCGCACGCUCACCAAGACAGAGUGGAUGAGCCUGUCGGAGUAUGUGGAUUUCCUGAAGACCAAGGUUGUGCGCCACCCCUACCGCUAUCGGCUCGCGAAUCGGCGCAUCUACGGUGAUCCUGAGCAUAGCAAUGGCGACUUCAACGCGCGCGUGCGCGUGAGGUACCUGGACAUUGAAGACGACAGCACCCGCCUGCGCACGAACGUCGCCAUUGCCGCAUACAUCACAGCUAUUGCCCGCAACCGACUCGUGCAGAUGAUGCGCGCCCUGCAGCAGCUCGGUUGCGCGCUCGCCUACUGCGACACGGACAGUCUUGUGUUCAUGGACCCGAACGGCCGCACGUUUGAACAGCUCAACAGUGCCCUGCAGACCAUUGGCUCGCGAUGCGAGAUUGGCAGCAUGCUUGGGCAGUGGAAGCCAGAGUACGAGGAAGGGAAGCACGAGCUUUUGGAGUGCGCGCAGAUUGCGGCAAAGACGUACUCGCACAAGGUGCUCUGCGUCAACGGUUGCUGGGACAAGAAGAAGAACAAGCCGAAGCAUCAGGCGGGUGAGCUGUUCUACACUGUUAAGUGCAAGGGGAUGCCAGUGAAGAGGAAGAGCGGGCGCACAACGGAUGUACAAAUUCCAGGCAUCAACCAAACAUAUUUCCUCAAGGACGAGAAGGAUUGGCACUGGGCAUACAAGCAGAUGGUCUUUGGACAGGCGCAGCAGGUGCAGAUCAGGCAGAUCAACGCAGCCAACUUCGUGCGCCGACAUGGUGACAUGUACAUGGAGCGACAGGCAAAGUCGUUCACCAGGACCGGCAAGGACAAGCGUGUGAUGCACCCGGAUGGACCCCUGUUGCCCAUGAUGCCGCUGACAGUGCAGCAUGCUGGGGUGGAUGACGAGACACACCCAAGCAAGAAGGCAAAGACUUUCUAUGAGGAGCGACGAAGCACAGCACCGAUGGAUGUUGGCCGCGUGAUUGAUGAGAUUGCACCUACAGAUGAGAGCCUGCAAGCACUGUUCACAAGCGAGACAGGCGACGACACGCUCGCACACAUCUUGGAGCAGGUGAACGAAGCCUCGCUCAUGCAGCACGCCGAGCUGCCGUCCCCGCCGCCGUGGGAGCAGCCUGAGGGUGAAGAUGGAGAGGAGGAGGAGGAGGAGGAGGAGGGGGAGGAGGGACAGCCCGCUUAUGCUUACACACAUGCACCCGCACUGUGA